GAGAGGUGAGCGUACACGCUUGCGCCGCGCCAUACUCAGCUGCCGGCGACGCGACGCCGACGCGACCGCGACAAAUCGCCGCGCGCGCAACACGCGCCAAGUGCAUCGUUCCUGCACCGUUCCAAAUUCAAAAUUGUAGUGAUGUGAUGUGAAUUGUAGUGACUAUAAACUGUGCAGUGUUGUGUUCGACUGUUCAUAACAGAGAUUUCCAGUGAGUGCCGUCGGAGAUUGUGAGAAUUUUUCUCGUUAUUUGACACACAUAUGACGUGAAUAACGGUGCGGGGAUCCGACGGUCGAUCGACUCGCUAAAAUCAAAGUGUUAGUGUUUCUAUAAAGCAGUGUACCGGAAUUUUAACGGACUUGCCUAAGCAGAGAUUUGCUGUGCGUGACUACGUGGGGAUUCGCUAAUAUUUCAGAGCGAUGUCGCGGUGGAAGGGUAUACUGAGGUAGCCGGCAGAUGGCAGCAGUGAGCGCGGCGAUGUUCCGCCCGGGGGGCAACCUCGACCCCUGCUACGGUACGCAACGGAUAUACGACACUACAGAGAGUACACGACAGAAAAAAUGGUCGUCCAAAUUAAAAUUAAAUACAUCUGGCAGUUCGAAAUCCUCAGAAAAAUCACCAGAUAUCCCUUACAUGUACGGAACCAUCAGCGGUCCAGGAGGAUCAGCAUUAUCUAAAUCAAUGAAAUAUGCCGAAACUUGGCUUUAUGGGUCCGUUCGAACUCAAACCCCACCUAUUAGACCUAGUGUCUUCACAGCUUAUCCUGAAGUUUCUGGCCCCGUCUUAAUAAGCACUCCUCAAAAACCGCAACCACACAACUAUGCAGUAAUAUUAUGUUCCUGUCCUGAGUAUCUAAAUGGUACCAAGAAAUCAAGCUCAACCAAAGUCAGUAUAUGUAAGAAAUGCAAAGGAUCUCGUCUGCCAUUAACAAUUACAGAAAGUCCACGUUUACUUGUAGGAGGUACAGUGAGAGGUCCACCGUCAGUAACUCGAGAAGCUGGUAUACUUAGAGCCGGAACGGUAAGAGUUCAAGGAGCCAAAUCAAGACCUACUAUUUUGAAAACAAAUGGAGAAGCUGAUCCAUAUGAUUUAAUGCGAAGGAGUAGAUUAGCACCUCCACAUGAAGCUCGUAUUGGAAGUCAAUUCUCAACAACACGAUCCAGAGCAAAGAGCAUUAGUCCUUGUCGUAUGAAAUCAAAGAGACCAAGUCCAGAAUCGGUUAGAAAAUGUAGAAGUAAAUCAGUUAGUCGUGUAAAUGAAAUUUGGGUUGAAGAAGAAACAAAUUCAAAUGAUACUAAGAAGUCAAUUUUAUCAUGUGACAUUAAUCCUUAUGAUUUAGUGAAGUCAAGUGGGCCUUCAAAGUCAUUGGUAGAAAUUGAAUUUGAUGACGAAUACGGUGAUAUAUUUCAUGAGUCUAUAAAAAGUAAUAGACAAGUAACUAAAUCAAGAACUGACAAUAACGUUAAAGCUAUAAGUGGACAACGGAUACGAAUCGCUGAUGGAGUAAAAUCAACAGUAGAAGAAGCUACCGUGUACGAUCCAAUAAAUUAUGAUCUCAAAAAAUAUGAAAAGUCGCAAGAAGCUUCUACCACUCUAACAUUACCAAAUAUUAAAAAUGAAAGUAAAAAGUCAAUGUCAUUAAGUAAAACUACGGGUAAAAGAAUAUUAAGUAUAGCUACUUCAAAUCGUUCAAAACAAAAAAGUGCUUCGCCAAAACGUCCCCCAAGAAGAGUUAGAAAUAUUAAGACAGAUGACGACAGUGAAAGCGAUAAUCAGCGUUUACCUGAAAGAAAUUUUAAUCGAAAAGUUACUGAAAGCUCUCGUACCUAUAAAUAUAAGAAUCAUAAUUCUGAUACUAUUAAGUCGAUCCUAAAAAAGCCGAGAUGUUAUGGAGGGAAUGAUUCACACCUAAAAGGUGACAUUUCAGAUGACUCGUUUGAAACUAAACGUAUAAAUACUUCUCAAUUUUAUUUACCUAAACCCAAAGAUAAGAUUUCUUCUCAGAAUAUAUUGCAGCGGAAGCGCGUCCAAUUUUUAGUAGAAAACGAUGAAACUAAAAUUAUAUAUACUGCAGAAUUUAACCUUGAACAAAACGUUGUCAGAGAAAUACCUGGAGAUGUUAAUACCGAUAUGGAAGAUAUUAUUGCUGAAGGAGACGUUGUAAGUCACAGCUUGACCCAAGACAGCAAUUUUAUAGAAUCAGAUGUAACUAAUAAAGAUUCAAAAAAUGAUCUUGGAGUUUAUGAAGAUGUCCAAAUUAAUAAUACGUGCACGCCAUCUGUAGUUAACAAUAAUCAGCAAAUCCAGGAUAUGAAGAAUAAUUUGGAUUGUAAUCGUAAUAUAACAGAUAAUGUAAUACCGAAAGUUCCCGUAUUACGUCGUUCAGAAUCCGAACGCGUGGCUUCUUCUGUAGCAAUAAGUCCCCCAAAAUUCUUAGAUACUAUGGCUUUGCGACCAAAGAGCAAACAUGGCCAUACAAGUCAAGUAUUUCUUACAUUUGGUAAUGAAACUGAAAGUCACCACCGGGAACAAAUUAAUCCAGGACCAGCUGAACCAGAAAAUAAUAUGAAUAAUGAUGCUGAUGCUAGAUUAAUAUGCAACGAUAAUAAUGAGCCAGGUGAUUUAAGUGAUAGCAGUGAUAUAACACGUAAUAUUUUACAUGAUUUGCGUCGUGGAAUUUUAGAAUCACCAGAACCUCCACCUAGAUUAAAAACUAAGGAGCGAUCAAAAUCAAAGAAACAUAAUUAUGUCAAAACUCGUUUUGUUCGCAAUAAUUCUUCAAGUUCAACUAGUGAUGAAUGGUCUGAUGCUAAUGACUAUGAACAAAAGACAAUUUUACGAGUAAAACAAUUUGAUUCUGAUGAAUCUGAAGAAAUAAAAGGUCCCUCUCAAUCGAUGAGAUUUUUAGAAAACGAACCUAGAAAAACAUCUAUACAAAUAAACGGUAACGAGUGUUAUUCAACAAUGAAUGUCAGUAGUGAUACACCUAUUUAUUUAUCAUCCGUAGUGGUGAAUGACGACAGUGGGAAUACUUGUAAUACAUAUCAAUCAGGCACAACUGUUACUAUAAGCGUAGGCUCUCCAGAAAAAGAAAUUAAAAAGUCUAAAAGUCAGAUAUACAUAGGCGCUGUGUUAUCAGAAAAUGCUAAAUAUAAAGAAGAUAACAACGCAUAUGAAGAAUAUUGCCCUCAACAUGAGAAUAAUAAUAAUUCAAAUAAUAAAUCAGACUUAUCAACAAUAUUAUGCGAUCCCGUAGAAGCUGUAAGAUUAAAUUUAAUCCCUCAUGUAUGCGGUAAGACAAACGACCCUAAUAUUUUAGAAUAUUCAUCGACUAGUAAUAAAAACAUGAAAUCAGAUAAUAAUAAUUUCGUUACAAAACUAUUUGAUGAUCCGUUCUUUGGUCAUUUAGCAGAAGGCUUAGAUUCAAACUUGGUAAAGAAAUUAAUUGAAAAUUCUUUAAUAAAAUUGCAAGAGACCAAAAAUCAAGAAGGAGCUUAUGAUGACACCAACCAAACAAUCGAAAAAUUAAUAGAAAAUUCAAUAAAGAAUUUAAAAAUGGAAGUACAUAAAACUACUGCUAUAAUUCCGGAAGAUACAUUAAAGAAAGAUAUACAUUUAUUAAGCAGUGAAAGAAAUAAUAAAGAACAAAUUAAUAUGAGUACAGAUAAUGAUGAAAAUAGCUGCUCUGCUCCCUAUGAAAGUAUGGAGUAUGAGAGCGGGGCUAUGGGAGUAUUUUCAGAUCUUGAACCAAUGUCUGAUUGUUACAAUGCAUCAGCAAGUGAAUUAUCUACUGAAGACGAUACAAAUUCUACGAGAUCAAAGUUCUACCAGAUGCUGGUAGAUGCUGCAUUAUGUGAAAUCGAAAUUGCAAAUAACACCGAUGAUGAUCAUCAUUAUGAAUCUAUUCGCCUUAAUAGCGAUCCUAUAUAUGAAGAAAUAGGAGAUAUGCCACCGCCACUACCGUCAAACCCACCACCUAAUUCUUUAAUGUUAUUAGACGAUGAGAAACGUAGUGGUUCACGUUCAAUAUUUGAGGGUGCCUCAAAAUAUGACAUUUUAUCAUAUUUAGUUGAUGCCAAAGAAAGAGGCAUUGAUGAUGAAGAAGCUUACGUCACAAGCUAUGUUAAUGGGAAUGAUUCGUCUAAUAUGUUAGACGCAUCCAAAGAAAAAAAUAGUACUGCAAACAUUAGUGUACGUCUUAGUAGCAAUACAAGUCAGUUAUCUAAUGCCUCUGAUUCAAGUGAAGAUAAUUCCCUCAUAAUUAAUCACGAGACACUAGAUAAAGUUGUUGUAUGUAAGAAAACAUCAGCUGAAAUCGAACGAAAUGAUUCUGGUGUCGGUUCAGAGACUAGUAAAUCGUCAAGAAGCAGAUUGCAAGGCAAAACGUCACCCUGUAAUACAAUAAAUGAUAAGGAUACACCUAUUCAUUUAUGUGAAGAUUGUGAUAGUGCAGUUGAAACUCAACUAACUGAACAAGGUAAUAUUUAUGCCCCAUUAGUAUGUCGCAAAUGUGCUAAAAAAAGAGCAGAAAGAAAAGAAAUUAUUACGGAAAUAGUCGAAACUGAAGAAAAAUAUGGUAGGGAUUUACAAAUUAUACUUGAAGAGUUUUAUAAACCUAUGUUGGUAGCUGGCCUUCUUACUCAAGAGCAACUUAGUGCAAUAUUUUUAAACGUAGAAGAAUUAAUUGAAAAUAAUCAAGUAUUGUCUGAAAAAUUACGAGACGGCCUCGAAAUUGCAGUUGAUCAAGGAGAUGAGGAUCUGUUAACUGUGAAUGUUGGUAAGAUUCUUUUGGAGUGCUCCGGAAUGCUGACAGCAUUCCAGUCGUACUGUGUAAAACAAGCAGGAGCUGCACUUCUGUUGGCCGGUCUCGAGAAGGAGAAGGAACUUCUGAGGAUAUUCUUACGCGUCUCGCAGAUGGAAAACACGGUCUUGAGGCGGAUGAAUUUAAACUCAUUUCUCAUGGUGCCAGUACAACGCGUGACAAAAUAUCCCCUCCUUCUCUCGCGGCUGUAUCGGGCGACCGCCGCGUGCGCCACCGAGCGGGAGGACGUCCGCGGCGCCCAGCGCUGCGUCGAGUCUAGACUCGAGGAGAUCAACUCUGCUGCCGCCGCGGCCGCUGCUGCAGCCAGAGAUGUGCCGCUGUGGCGCCGGCUGGCCGCAGCCAGGCGGACGGCUCAUGAUCUCCACGUCGCUGAUAUAAGGCUGAGGAAGAUGGCCGUCGACGUCUUGGAUUGGAAUCAUGAUGACGCCAGGUUCGCAAUGGAAGGCAAACUGCUGUUCACCCAGCCAAACGACAACAACUGGAGGAAAGGGCGCACGAUCAAGCUGACGCCAAUCAACGCCCUUUUGGUAACCAAUGGAAAGCCAACGACCGCCAACAAAACGAACGAGAUACGAGAAAUUCGAGAAGCCAGAGACCGUGAGGCUAGAGAAAGGGAGGGAGAUGCGUUAUUCGCACGUAGCGGAGUGAGAGAGGCGGCUCUCUUGCUCGUGAGAGAGAAAGCUGGCAGAUACACACUGCAGAGGGAGCCGUUGUUCCUGGACCGGUGCGUGGUUGCUGCAGACCAUGAACCUGAACACUUCUUCGAAGUACAUGAAAUAACGACUAAGGAUUCUUAUAUAUUUAAGGCGGAAGAGAACUCCCGUACCCGCACGUGGUACCGCCAGCUACAAUACCAUGCACAGGGUGCCGGCACGUGGCGGAAACGACGCAACGCACUUGCAAAUAUUAUGAUAAACCCGAUGCUGACAAGAAACUAACUUACACAGUAAAGAGUUUCCAUUUAUAUUGAAAUUUAUAACUAGUUUUUUUGUCAUGGUAAAUUAAAAACAUGCUUAAAUCAGUAGGUAGACUUUGCCAUAAAUUUAUAUACGUAAUAAUUUUACUGGAGAAAAUAUAAAAGUAUUUAAAAUACAUAAAAAUAAAUGUUCAAUUUAUUUUUGAACCAAUACAUUAGUCUGCAUUUACAUACAUUGUAAUUAAACUAAUAUUACAAAUAUUAUAUAUAUACUACAUAUACCACGAAUAAAUUGGUGUGAAGUUUUAUAAAAUGUUUCGGUGGAGAAAGCUUUAUUACUAUUAUUGGGAACUUUUUAAGGUGUAAUUAAAUAUAAUAUGGCGGUAGUAAUAUUUUGUCUUUACGUUUUCUAAAUAUAAAACGGACAAAAUAAAUAUUAAUGAUAGUCCCAAUAUUAAGGUACUCGUAUAUACGUGUCUUUCUUUUAUGUAUAAAUUCAUCUUUAUUUAAAUGAAACAAUGCACCGUUUUAUAUUUAGAUAAUAAAUAGAACCUAAAUAAGUAGUAGUAUUUAAACAAAACAAUGACAUGCAUUUUGUAAAAAUUGUAAUUAACAAUUUUGAUUUUCAAAUGUCUCGUAAGAUAAUUGUAAAAGGCAAUAUAUUCAUAUUUUGUAAGUAUAAUAUAUACUGAAAUCUUAAUUAAAUAGCAAUAUAUAAUUGUAAAUAUAUUACAAAAACAUUUGCCACUAGUUUUAACACUAGCUUUACACCAAAAUGUAGUGUUUUUAUUAACAUUGUGUGCCCUAUAUCUCGUAAUAUUACUAAUAACAAAUCAUAGCUUAAGAAAGUAUGUCAUUGUACAUAAUUAACUUUAAUAGCUGUGAUAAACUAUCCUCUACUGAAGGAAAAUACACAAAAAAAACCUUGCUUGAAGCCUUUUCCAUUUAAAUGUAAUUAUUACAGAAUAUUACUUAUUCAUGCUUAAUAUAAAGUUCAUAAUAAUUUCCUGGCUAGUCUUAAGGGAUUUUCGUAUGUUAAAUAGUAUAUUUAUAAAGAAAAUAUACAGAUUGAAAUGUAUUUAUUGUAUGUAGUUAUAUUUUCAGUAUGCCUAUUUGCUAUAGUUUUAGGAACAAUAAAAGUUUUCUUCUUUAAACAAUAUUGUAUUUGUUAUGUAAUUACUAGAAGUGAGGACAGGAAUAAAUUAAUGA